UGUAGCCCCUUAAAAAAGUUGAAUGAAAAGGACUUAAAGGAGAAAGGGCAGAAAGGGAGAGAGGGAGGGAUGGCGAGGGAGAGGGAGGAAAGGAGGGAUGGAGAAGAUUGUGAGAGGGCUGGAGAGGAGUGAGGGAGACAGGAGAGGGAGAGAGGGAGGGAUGGAGAGGUAGAGGGAGGAAGGGAGGGAUGGAGAAGAUUGUGAGAGAGCUGGAGAGGAGUGAGGGAGGCUGGAGAGGGAGUGUGGGAGGGAGGGGGAGGGGAGUGGCCUGAGAGAGGACGUGCUGGAGCAUAACGCAGCAGUUGCACGCUCGCUGUCGUAGGACGGGGAGGUCUUGCGGCUCUGCUCUGGCCCACCCGUUGACUGACUGGUCGCCGCCCCGCCCCGCUCCACCCCGGUCACGGUCACUCCAGCCCCGUACACCCCACCCCACCACUGCCCCUGCCCCGCCCCCCACUAAACGCUCACCCCCCGACGACCCCCCACACAACGAUUUUACGGAAAAGAAAGAAAAUAGAAUGAGAUCGAGGAAGAAAAACGGUUAUCGCCGCCCCUUUCUGCUACUGCAUCUACCCUCUCAAGCGAUCACCCCCGCCGCCCCCGCUCAUUAGUAAUUCAGAAAACAUUAAGCAGAAGAAAGGGAGAUAAAAGGAAAGGGAGUUGUCUUGUGUCUGCGAUAACAUGAACAGUUAUGAUGAUGUGAAUGUGGUUACUGUAAUGGCAUGAUAAUCUGAUCUUUUUGUAUUAUUGAGGGAGAGUUCUUCUUAUUUAUUUACUUUCCUGUCGGCCAAAUGGGGUGAACGCACUCAAGACUCGCCCACUUGUCACGCCCGCCCGUCAGUGCCAAGCAGGAGACGGAGGCUGGCACGUAUCGCCCAGGUGGGGUGAGAAGUGACGGCGCCGAAACUCAGACCCAAGACACACACGCCGCCUGUAACAUGUCCGAGGCGCCGAGACCGCUCCGAGGGAUGGCUGUACUCUGCCCCGCUCUCUCUGUCUUGUUAAUUCCCUUGUCCAUGUUAUCUGUCUUCUCUUUUUUCUACUCCUCCACCUCCAACGCCUCCUCUCCCUCUGUCUAAUACGAUGAUCGCGGCCAUCGCCCGCGUCCUGCUCUUCUCCGUGCUAUCCUCGUCCGUUCAUCUCUCCCUCGCCCUCCUCUACCACGUGUUCCUCGCCUCCUCCGUGGUCCAAACGCUGGACUUGAAAGGUACUAAUACAGCCCCAGACCUCAUCCGCGCCCUGCCGGCAGACCUCAGCCCCUCAGGGUGUGUCGGGCAUCCAGGCUACACCUUUUCCCCCAGUGUACCUUCCUUGUUUCCCUCUGUUUCCUCUCCUCUACCUCCCUCUUUUCCUGUUCUCACAUCAGCUCCUAGUGUCCUCACCAAUCUCCAGAUGCUAAGAGUCACACACGUACCCCCCACUCAAGCGCCCUCCGAAGCCCCGCUACCGUACAACCCCACGUCUUCUGCAGCGUCACAUUAUGCUUCUGAGGGCGUCCAGGCUCCAUUCAUUAGAGGAGGCGAACUGGAGGCGCAAAGCAACGAUAACUCACUAUUCCGUCCUCACCUUCUCCCCGCCACACCUCCCUCGCGUGGCCCCGUCUUGUCUAGGCUCGCGGCAGGCUCGGGGCGCUCAAUAGGCACUGACACCACCCUCCUUUACCGACGGGAAAGUGUAACCCCCACCGAGGCUCCAGGUGUAGGGAGCAAAGCCGGUGAUAAUGAUCUGCAUAGAAUAAUCUCGUCUGGUCUGAAUACUCGAACUGAAAAAGAGCCAAGUCGAGGCCUCCAAGCGCGGGUAAGCGGAGGCGUGAGUGUUGAGUUAAAGCAAAACUUUCUUAACUCUGGAAGACUGCUCUCGGGUACAGAAAGUGAUAACUCUCAAAGAAGUCAGGAAGUCAUAAGAAGUAAGAAUUCCCUCAAAGGCGGCCAAACGAAAGUUCUGAGACACAUCCUGAGUUUGAAGCUGCGGGGAAGAUGUCAACUUAAUCAAUCGCCCGCUGAAUGCACUGAGCGAAAAACGCGAUUUGCACUCGAGAGCCGCGUUCAGGAAACUCAGGGGACGUAUAUGAAAAUACGGGAAGAAACGAGGGUGCCCGAGGCGCCAAACCAUAAUGAGGAGAGAGGAGAAAGACAAAGGGGAGGCUUCCUAUCGCUCGGGGGCACGGGGAAGGCUCAAAGAAUGGGGCGGUCAGGAGAGAGACGGAUUCUUCAUCUCGCCUCCCUUGCCCUGGCACGAGGACAAGAGGACGAGGAACGCACCUCCGAGGGUACUCAGGGGAAUUACGAACACGAAACGACCCUCGGGCAAGAAAGGUACGAGAGGACCACCAAGAACCUCCACGAAGGGCGACUCCUGAAAAUGUUCGUGUCGCUCACAGAUUCCCGGGCCCCGAGCAACACCGUCGACAGGAGGAGAGAACAAACCCACUCCUCCUCCUCCUCCUCCUCCCCUUCCUCUUCCUCGGGGUCACCACAGCAGGAGGACAAUGAGAAGUGGCCCAAAGAAAAUGAGAUCAAAUACCAGGCAAGGAAGCGGGAAGGAAAAAGGGAGAGAUUACUUGAAACUCGAUCUGCGGGCGGCGUAACAGGCGGCGAAGCGAGGCUGCCAGAGACCAAACAGAGACACCAAUACGAAGACUCCCCAGACUCCUCCAUCCACGUCCUCCACGUGUCGCCGUUCAUCGCUGAUCUAAUCCUGAAUGACAACGGUGACCCACAAAUUCCAUACCUCGGCGAGCUCCCAGACAGCACCCCCAGCGGUGACCCAGUCAGCCCCGGCGAUCAUCCAUUGCAGGCUAACGAUCUGGGGACAUCCACACCUGUGUCCUUCACUUCCCCGGCUAGGCUGCGAGUCAUCACCGAGGAUUUAGAUGAUGGAGACGGGGGUGUGGGAGACUGGGGGAGGCAGAGGGAAGCUGACGAUCAAUCUUGGCUUACAUCCGAGGCGAGGGCGAGGGCACCGGGAGAACAAAACAGUGAAAGGGACCUGUUGCUAAAUGCUCGUCCGUUUAAGACCGAAAGUGACAACGAAUCCCAAGCUCAGUUUUACGAGACAAACACGAACGUCAGUGAGGUGGAAGUGCACGAACAGCAGCCAUCCCUCCCCUUACUCUCCCUUUCUGGCGACACGAGAGCAGGAGGAGGGAGGAAAGUAAAGCAGGGAGACACUAAUAAAUCUUCCGCUACUACCAAGAGGAGAGCCACCACCAGGGCACCCGACAUCCCCCUGCUGGACACGGAGGGGUCGGUUCGUAUACCCUGCUACGUUAUCAUAUUCCUGCUGGGGGUGAUCGGCAACACGCUGGUCAUCGUCACCCUCCUGCAGAACCGAAAGAUGAGGACGAUUACCAACGUCUUCCUUCUUAAUCUGGCCUUCUCGGACCUCCUGCUCGGCGUCUUCUGCAUGCCGUUCACGCUCGUUGGUUCGCUGCUUCGGGACUUCAUCUUCGGAGCGGUCAUGUGUCGCCUCAUCCCCUACUUCCAAGCUGUGUCCGUGUCAGUCUCCGUGUGGACGUUAGUGGCCAUCUCUCUGGAGCGCUUCUACGCCAUCUGCCAGCCGCUGAAGUCUCGGGGCUGGCAGACCCUCUCCCACGCCUACAAGAUCAUAUCCCUUGUGUGGCUCCUCUCUCUCGUCUUCAUGGCCCCUAUAGCUGUCCUCUCCCAGCUGUUACCCGUCGGCGAUACAAGCCGUCACAAGUGCAGGGAGAUGUGGCCGUCCCUUCACUUCGAGCGGGGCUUCAGCAUGUUCCUCGGCGCGGCCCUCCUGCUGGUGCCGCUUAUCAUCAUGGUCGCCGCCUACUCGUCCAUCACCGUCUCUCUGUGGCACGGGAUGAGGCUGGAACGUGAGACCGGACAAGGUACCGAGCCCUUGAUCUCCCUGACGGACCUCAACGGGCUGGUUAUGGUGCAGCAGAGUCUCCGGCGCAAGCAAUCCCGUAGACACGUGUCCAAGAUCUCCAUCAGGUUUCGCAAAAUCCCUGCGCAGAGGCCAUGCGUGCACUGUGGACAGCCGGAAAGCGAGAGCGAGUCAGGCCUCAACCCCACGUCUCCAGCGGGCCAGAGCCACUCCCACGCUUGUCUCCAUGAGCGUGACUGUGAGAAUAACAAGUGGCGAGUGGAGUCGGUGCGGGAGAACAGUGUCGGUGGUGUCUCGGGGCGGCGUCAACAUGCACUAGGGGCGGAUUACGGAGCUGGCAUCCCCUCCCCGUGCGGCAGACGUCCUACCAAACCGGACUUCAAGCGCCUCCGCAGCACCCACUUGGAGAAGAGCAUCGAGGCCAAGAAGCACGUGAUCCGCAUGCUCUUCGUGGUGGUGCUCGAGUUCUUUCUCUGCUGGACGCCGAUCUUCGUCGUCAACAUCAUGUGUCUGUACAUACCCGAGCAGGUGUAUCGAACUCUGGGCUCCGUCGGGAUUUCAUUCAUGCAUCUGCUCUCAUACGCGUCCUCCUGCUGCAACCCCAUCACCUACUGCUUUAUGAAUAAGAAGUUCUUGCAGGGUUUCCGUCACGCGUUUGGCUGUCGCAAGGAGGCGGAGAGGAUCGGGAGGAAGAACGCCACGGCGGCGAGUUUUCGAAGCCAAAGUAACAAUAUUUUCAAGCUCGCGACGGAGGUGAAGAGAGACGCGAGGGAGACGACCGUAUGAAGUUUACAUAGAUUUACAUAGAUAUUCAGACAACACAAACACUGUGGUCCAGAACUGCCAACAAGACUGUAUUUCUUUGUUUGCGUAUAUUGAUGUGGAGGAAAUGGCGGUUGAACUUGUUUUCCAAUGAGUGAAUCGUGUUGCACUGACCUCCAAAGAUGGGAGUGUAUUUAAUUAUCGUGGUACAACGUUAGUGAAGAAAAACUUGGUGCCAAAAUUCUUGUUCAAAACGUGUCAUCGAUCAUAAACAGUUUGGAUUUCUCCACAUUCGUAGUCAUGAGUAUUUUGAAACAUUCUUUCCAUUUUCCUCGGAGGCGACUUCCUCGAGAGACGAGAGCCUUUCAUCAUAAGGUUUGUUGCGGAAGGAAGAGACCAUCUUUGUUGCCCUACGUCGAACACCUUGUUUAGCAAUGUGGUGGGGAGACCAGAACUGCACUGCACUGCACAUACCAAGUGCGGUUGGAUUAACUAUUAUACAAUGGUACUAUUACAGCUUUAUUCUUGAUUGAAAAGUUUAUUUUAAUGAAUCCCAACAUCCUGUUCGCUUUAUUUGCUGCAUCAAUGCACUGCUGGGGGAAAUUGGGGUUUGACGCAGUCUUGACAUCAGGUCUUUAACAAGCGUUACACUUUUAAGUUUCACACCACACAUUUUAUAAUCGAACCUCCAAUUUUUUGUUCCUGUUUAAAGAGCCUGGCACUUAUCUCUAUCUGUCUAUCUAUCAUGUAUCUGUCAGAGCAGGGUGAAACUAUAUAAACAACUUCUUGGAGGAUUUCCUUUUCUUGCUCUGAAAGGAAAGUCACCAAUCUCCGUGUCGCCAGAAAAUUCAGAAAUGAAAUUGCUGAGUCCAACAUUGACAUAACUGAUGUAAAUAAUGAACAGUACUGGACCUGGGCCCUGAGGGACACCACUCUGAGGCGCCCUUAUUUAUUAAUCCCCGCCCUUUAACGUUUGUUGCUCAACCAAUCAGUGAUUCACUGGUGUACUUUACCAUCAAUACCUAGCUGUUUGAAUAUAUAAAGUAAUUGUGAUGUGGAACUUUAUCAAAUGUCUUUUGAAAAUCCAGAUAAAUUACGAUAGAGCAGCGCUGCGGAUUUCAUCAAAGAGUGUGAAGUGGUAAUCCAAGCCGAGGCUGAGG